UUAAUUACCUUACCUUUUCAAUUCGCGACAGGAGUCACGACGAUUGCUCAGUGUCAGAAAUCCAUAUUUUCAUAUUAUAUUAUUUGAAUCGAUGUUAUUUGAAUUACCCAUGAAUGUUCAUUUGUAUUUUAAAUAUCACUAUUUAUUAUUUCAUUAAUACUUUCUGAAAUGCUAGGUCAUUGAUAUCUAGUAUGUGUGAAUUGUAGAUUAUGAUGUAUAGUGUAAAACAGAAUGUUGAUUUUUCGUAUGACAUGCGUGUGGGCUUCCAGUAAAAUGUCGUUACAGUAAGUUUCUUGAACAUAUUGGAAAAUGUCGCAAGAAAUUAAGAAAGGGAAAAAGAAGCAAAUAAAGAAAGAGAAAACAAAUCAAAAGGAAGAGAAAUCAGAGGAAAAUGUGAAAGAAACUGUGAAAGAAAAUGUCAACCUAAAAUAUGGUCCAUCUGUGACAUUUCCAUAUCAAAGGAUAUGGUCAAGAUGUGCUCUAAUACUCGCAGUGUUGUUCAUAGUAUGGUAUAACAGCAGACAGGGUAAAGAAGUCUAUUUUGCAAAGCAAAAGGAGAUUCUAUUGAGCCGUAAGCAAUACGUUGAAUGUUCAGACGAUUACAAAGCAGAAGUAAAUGAAUAUCCUGAAUGUGUACCGGAAAAGUGUGGGAGAAUAGUUACAGAUAAAUUAGUAUCAUCAACAGAAACAGACGUUUUGUUAAGGAUAGCAAUAAAUGGUUUGAAUUUAGGUGGUUCGAAUGGUGGCGCAAGUAUUUUAGACCUUUAUUCCGGUGCACUGAGUAAAGGCAACGGUUUCAUUGAUAUUUAUACAUUGCCAGAAGCUAAGUGGAUAUUUAAUAACGCAGAUCUUGCAAUCUAUAAAGUAGUAAAAACUAAAAUACAACAUGCAAUAGGACAUAACUUUGGAGUACCCGCUAAUAAAAUAUAUUUAACAAAGCCAACAUUCUUUUCACGUAUGACUAAUGUAUCUGCAAAAACAAUACAUGAUGAAUACUGGCAUCCUCAUGUUGAUAAGGAAACAUAUAAAUCAUUUUUUUAUACGUCCUUACUGUAUCUGAAUGAUUUCGGAAGAGAUUUUGAAGGUGGUCGGUUCAUAUUCAUAGAUAAAGAUAAUGUUAAUACAACCGUGGAACCUCGCAAAGGUAGAGUGUCCAUGUUUACUUCAGGUAGUGAAAAUUUACAUGCAGUUGAGAAAGUACAAUCUGGAACUCGAUACGCGUUAACUGUAUCAUUCACGUGUGAUCCAACUGCUGCAAUUUUUGAUCCAAAUUACCGUAAAAUACGAGAAAAAUAAAUUGUUUUAUGUGUAUAAAAAGCACAUUCCAUUUAAUCUUUUAUAACUGAUGUUUAGCAAACCUCCUUUUCAAAUGAAAUUUUAUUUGUAAGAGAUAACGUUUUUUCGCCUUUUCAUUCGUAUGGAUUCGUUACGCGCGAAUGAAAAUCAUGUAAAAAGCGUCUGUUAGCACAAAAGAAAAUAUUGGAAAGUAAAGGCGGUACAAGUUGUAAAAAUAUAUAUUUAUUUCACAUAUGUUAACAAAAAGAAAUAGUAAUAAUAAUAAUUAUGUUUCAGAAAACAAAAAUAAUGUUUAAUCGAUAUCACUCUCACUACUUCAAUUUAGAUCUACCUUUUCAAGUGACUCAAUUUCAUUAUCCUCAUCGCUUGAAAUAUUUAAAAGUUUGACGUCAUUUGCAUUGUUAAUGAAGAAAUCACUGUUUACUGUAUACAAGACAAAUAUAUACACCUGAACCUUACAUUUUUACGCAAAUAAAUGAUGAUGGCUGUGUAAAUUGAGAUCACGUAUAAAAAGUACGUGUAGUGUUACAACUUACCACGUAAAUCGAGGGACGGGUGUACUAUUAUUUAAACAUAUCAAUAAUGUAUUCAGAACUUAAUUAACGAAACUUAACUUAUUUAAUGCUCUUUAUUUAUCUUAUCAAUAUAAUACAAGAAGAGAUAUAACAAGUGCAGAUUGCAUAUAUUCCAUGACAAUUAAUAUAGAUG